GGCCUAACGGGUAGGCGCUAGGGAGUAAUGGCUACUGCAGGUGGUGAAGCACGGAAGCAAUGGACGGCAAUCGUCUUGACUUGUCAAAGCAAAACCGGUGCUCACAUCUACCAGAAAGGUAGUUCAUGCAAUAUUGUAUACAGUUGUUUUAUUUCUGGAGCUGGGUAAUGAGACAGGCGGGUUGAUGCAAACCAAGCAACGUUGGCGUGACUUGUCGGAGAGUAAGACAUGAUAGAGUUCACAACACUUAUUUCAGUUCGUCUCCAUUUUUAAUGGUCUUUAAUAGUCAUUAUUCAAUUAAUUUGCUCAGGAGGGGAAUUGAAAUCUGACGCUUUCGUGGUUCCAAUUUAUCUCUGAAUGCAUAUCAUCGAUCUGAUAUGUGUUUGUUGGUGAAUUUUGAGGUCUUUCGAUAUUGUACUCAUUGUAGUGUAGAUAUUGGUCAUGUCCUGCUGAAAACCAGCUGGAUUUAUGAGUUUUAAUGCAAAAGAAUGAACGAAUAACUUAAUUUGCCGAGGGUUACACAUUAAAGUUAAGAACUGGUAAACUUGUGGCCCUCCCUUAAGAUAUAAAAGUAAAGUUACAGUUUAAUUUAGUUUACCUCUGGAUACUACUGCAACAAAUGAACUGAAACUGAGAAAAAACAGCUUUGCAUUAGAUUCGCCAGUAGAGAGGAAAAAAUAUCCUCACGUCCACUUGAUCCUAAAACCCCUUAAUAAUGAAAAAUUUUUUGAAACUUAAAAUUUAAGCAGGGUUUUUAAGAAACAGUGAAUCAUACAGGUGUUUGAUAGUGUCAAAUUUUUUUUCAGGCCUCUCUCUAAAAGCAAAAUUGAUUAUACCAUGUUGAAAUUGAAUGUUAGUUUAUUGGUGUAUAGUUGAAGCCCUAAUCAGAAGGCCUGGGGACUAAAAGAGCAAGAUAUGUUUGUAAAAGGCAGAAACUUUUCUCUCACCAGAACUUGAAAUUCACCAGAGUAAAGGUUUCCUUGAUAGAGAUGUACUGCUUCUAACCUUGGAAGAUCCUAAGGCUCGUAUAGGAAGUGGUGGGGCCACCAUAAAUGCAUUGCUUGUUGUUACUGAACAUCUGAGUGCAAAAGCCGGUUAUGAGGUACAAAUAUUUACCUGUAUAGCACCUUUCUUAAAUAAUAACUAAACCUUACAUCUAUAUUUUGGAGAUUCUGGCUUUAAGGCCUACAUGUACAUGUAUGAAAUCUAAACUUCAGAGCUCAAUUAUUAUCUACCACCAAGUGAGUCAAGCUUAAUUGCUCUGAUAAUCAUUUAACAGGAUAAGUGAUAAGAGAAGACUUAUAUGUGAGAUGACUAACUGUCGUUGAACAUGUAGCAUCAACCAAGGCUAUCUAUAAUACCCUUGAUGGCAUCAGAUUAUCACGUUCCUUAAUUGUGAGCUUUCUUCCAUUUGCACAUUCCAUAACACUGGAAUUAUAAUAACAACUCAGGUGUUGUAAAGACUUAUUUGUAUUAAUUUUGUAAUCCUUGUUUUUCUUGUCUGUCUGCAAAUUUUUUGUAAAUGUCGCACGGGAAAAUGCAAAUAAGCUAGAAAAGAGAAAGAGAGUAUGCGUAACUUCACGCAGGCCUGUCAAUCUGACUGUCAAUCAUGUUAUCUCCCAUGUACGCUGUGUUUGCAUGUAUUGUUUCUUGCUCAGACAACCAAAACAUAGCGCUAUUCAUUGAAGAAGAAUAGACGUAAUUAUUAGCGUUAUCUUGAUUAGACCAUAUUAUUUAAAAAUCAGUCAGAUGUAAAAUUAAAUUACCUUUUAAAUGUCGGGUUUUUAAUUUGUUUUAAGACUGAAAUACAGCAGAUUUUUGAGGUUUGACCAUCAAUUUUGCCAUGAAAGCAAAAUAACAUUACAGAAAUAUUCCUUUUUAGCCUGUUAUUGCCAUCAGUUUCAGAUAACACGUUGAUAAAGUCUAAUUACUUUUUGGAAAACUUAAGUAUACGUUGUAAAUUCCUGCUCCUUUUAAGUAGCUGUUUACUGAUUAAUUGUUAUUUAUUUUUUAGACUUUGACUCUAAGUGUCUUAGACAAUGCCAACAUUCUUAUUAUGCACAUGGUGGGUACUUAAUUUACUUCAUAUCUUUUUAAUUCAGAAAUUUGUAGGUUAAAGUGAAUUCACUUGUUUCUUCAGAUUACUGGUUGGACCGGCUGUUACUUCUGAGUCAGAUCACAUAAUCAAUGCAUUGAAACAUGUUAGAAUCAAGUAGUUUUUACUUAUCUACUAAUGAAGUUGUGUAUUCAUGUAGGUAUUGUGUCAUGGAAAAAUUGUUCCUUUUGUUUUUAAAAUUCUUUCAACUUACGAGUACAUAAAUUUGAUAUUUAAUAAAGUCAUAAUUCAUUGGUUGCAAGAAUCUGAUAUUCAAUUUCAAUUAAAGUAAUAAUUGUUUUUCUCUGCUAUUAUAGAUUAACUGUUGACUUGAGAUGUAAAAAAUAUGUUUGGUCUCUAGGGUCGAGACUUUCCUUUCAGUUCUUGUGGACGGUUCUUCAAUACUUUACCAGGCAAACACACAGAAGAAUCCAAAGAGCAUCUAUGUGACUGCAUUGUCUCAAACUUUGACCUUCUGCUUGAUGUUGUCUCCAACAAGGUAUAUUUAUUAGGAAUCAUCCUAUAUCUAUACUUAGAUCAAGUUAGGAGUGAUUAGCUUCUUAUUUCUCCUUAUAAUAUGAUAUAUAGUUAAGAAGUUAGCUUGUAAACAAAUGAAUAUUUAAAAUUUCUUUUCAGUUGUCAGUGAAUGCUCCCCCUGGAGUGUGGGUCUGCAGCACAGAUAUGAUGUUGACUGUCUCACCUGAUACAAGUAUGAAAUCAUUUGGUUUUUUGCUGAAUUAGGGAGCAAGCUUGCUUUCGUCAUCAUUAUCAUCAUUACCAUCAUACCACCAUCAUCAUAGUCAUUUUUUUGAUUAUCUUGUUUGACAAUGUCACCUUCUUAUUAUUGAGUAUUGUCACUUUUAUCAUUCUAAUGCCAAAAUUAUAAUCAGGUUAAUAUGUAUUGUCAGUAUUAAUUGUUUGUUUGGCAUUGUUUUUAUCUUUCAAUUCUUUCAACUGAUGCCUAGGGAUAAACUGGAAGCAGUUUUCAGAUGGUAUUGCAAUGCUGCUGUUUCAUGGAGAUGUUGAAUAUGCAAAAGACCAUGGUGUCGUGAAGCUUGGAGAUGAGGUAUAUUGAUGAAGGCUAGGAUACACUUGUUUCCUGGCUUGUUAUUUUUUAAUAAAUUGUAGUUUGAUUGUUUUCACUCAUUAAGCAGGUUGGAAUGUGGCAGGGUUGGACUUGCUGGGACAGAAAGAGAUCACUCACAAUGCAUUCUCUGCAAAUAGCGUGAUGGGUAUAAUUGGGUGUUAUGGUAUAAUUUAACCCACAGAAAGAACAGUUUACUCCGACAAACCAAACAGUAACAUAUAAUACUCGUACUAAGGAUUGACUCCUAAAGGCAAUACAGCCAUUAUGCAUAGUUAACUUACUGAAGCUCAUUACAAACUAUAACUUAGCUCACCACUGACACAAUCUCACCAUUCUGUCCUCUCUACACAGUAAUCCAAUGCUCUCCCUAUUAAGCUUAGUGCUAAGCCCAGCUUUUGAUCAUUCAUGAAUGUUUUCAUGACUGCACUAUAUUAAUCCCAGUCAGUUGAAUUAACUAUGAAUGCCAUCUUUUUAUUAGAGAUGUGUUUCAUGGAAAGAAAUGCUUUCUUUCCUUUUUUUUUACUGGUUGAACCAUUUAUUUCUAACUUUUUCAUUUGCAGGGCAGAGUUCAAGACAUCAUCUUCAGAGGAACUUCUGACAUAAUAAAAACCUGCACACUUGAAAAUGGCAAAGUUCCCUUGGUAAAUAAAUAUUUAUAUAGCGCAUAUUCAUGUAGGCUACAUUUACUUUUAAUAUCGUGUUGGUCUAAACCUCUUUGGACCAAACCAUCUGCUGUCUCUUAUAGUUGCAACAAUCAAUGUCACAUAUCUUCCUUUGAUCAGAGUGAACUAUUAUAUGCAGCCAAUUCCAAUUAUAGAAACUUACUCCAGGAGGUAUCUAUAGCUACUUACUAAAUGGGUUGUUCCAAAUCUGAGCACUCUGAGUGAGUAAAGGGGUUGAGUUUUUUGUGCUUGAUUUUGUAGUGUCAGUCCAUUUGACAAUAAGGUUCUAAAAUAUAAUUUUCACAAGAAUCCUCCCCCCCCCCCCACACAAGAUCUUAUUAGCAAUUUUAUAAUGUUUUUUUGGAUAAUUUGAUAUUGGAUCAACUAAUAACUCCAUAAUUAAUACUUUCUUUAUUUUCAACACAUGUCUGCUUGAUAUUGUUUUGAUAUUGUGAGGAGAAAUUCUGUUUUGGUUACUCGUCGUGGGAAUUGAAUGGUAUUCCUCAGAGUUGUAUUACUUUUGAUUUUAAUUAUCCCCCAAUUGGUUUGUUCCUUUUACAGGUCAGUGGUGUAGUUUACAUUAAUAUCCCAGUAGCUGAGAAAAUACUAAGUUUCCAUGUGUAUGCACCUCUUGAUGCCUGUACUUAUUAUGGACUUGACACUGGAGCAGAACCCAUACAGGUAUGAAAUUAGGGGGUAGGUUUCCAAACAAAUUGUGGUGCUGCAUCAGGAGGGGUUUCAAAAAAUAAUUUGGUUUUGUCAGCUGAGUUGAUAGUGUAAAUUAGCCACCUUAAAGAGUUUCUGAAGCUAACAUUUCAAGUAUAAUCCCUUCAGGGCUAAUAGAGGAAUUGUGAAGAGGGUAAUACUAAUUUGUGUUGUUACCAAAUUUCACACUGAGCAUUUGUACUAUAGAAAUAAGUGGCUUAUAAUCAAAUGUUAUAUCAAUAAAGGUGUUAUUAUUAUGACAUUGAUAAUCUGUUGUGCUUUAAUAGCUGUCCCUGUUCUUUGACAUUCUUCUGAGUUUGGCUGAGGAUGUUACUGAGUCUGACUUUGUUUGUGGUGAAAGAAGUGGAUCAUAUGGCCACAGUACUUCCAUGGGGACAGAAUGCAGCUCCAAGGAUGAAAUGGCACUAAUGAGAGGUGCAAGAGCUAAGUUGUGGAAGAUUCUGAGAGGAGUCUCCUUGAAAGGAGGUACUUUAUAAUUGACCUGUUGAUUACCCAUGUUGACAAUAUUCAUAAUCAGGCUUUGACUACAAGAAAUUAACUGUGAAGGAGUAGAUGUACAGUGUACCAGGGGCAGACCAUGCUUACAGGGCCCCAUGUAAGUCCCAUUUCAUCUUACACAUUAGAGCCCCUUUUGGGGGGGUAACAGGUUCAUCUACUACACGUCAAAGCCCCAUAUUUCAGCACCUUUUUCCAUUUAUAUAUGGAAAUUUCAGUUUGUGAAACUUUGGUUUUUAUUGGAAACAAUAAAUGUUGUUCUGUUUUUAUUAAGUUGUCAUCGAAAAGGGUGAGUUUGACUACAUGCAGCCAUCAGCGGAAUGCUACAGGAGACAGAUGCGAGGAAGCAUUACCAGUUCUACGACUGGCCCAUUUGAACUCUGCGUGCACACCCAUGUCUGUUUCCACAAGGUACAAUUUCAUCAAAUAGAUCCUUUACAAUGUGUAAGUUGUGGCGUCAGAGCUUUUUUGCGAUUUUCUGUUCAGCAGCAAAACGAGAACAAGAAAAAGAAGCUUUUUCUUCAUUCUUUACCUUUCCCCAGGCCUUCGCGCGGCUCACGCUUUUCAAGAGUGAUAAACUUGUAGUUUUUCCUAACGGUGUCAGCCCUGAAUCAAACAUUAAGGUCGUGACAAAAAAAGGAAAUGAUCGUAAACUCAAGAAGCCCUUGAUUGUAAGAGACAAAUGUAGGUACCAUGAGAAAUGUAUACAAAGCAAUAUGGAGAACUUGCAUACUGAUGUUAUGGUCUAAAAGGUUAAAGAAAUUUAAAGGUGGUGUUACAAGAUUACAAAUUAUCUAUUGAGAAAAUAUCGUGCACGGUCCAAUUUGUUUCCCCCUCCUAGACUCUUUACUUUUCUUUUCUUGGUUACAGAACAACCAAGGCGUAAAUCCGAAUGUGGAUCUUUCUUCUGUCGUCGUGAAUUCUAUCAUUGAAGGCGGGGUCAACGUCGGGAAAGAGUCUGUUGUAUCUCACUGUCACUUACAGGUACAUGCAUGUCUGUAAUCUUUUUUCAAAUUUCUAAAAUGCGGUAGGGAAAAAUAACACAAGGAGUCAUAGUAAAUACAAGUAAACCGCCUCAAGUGCGGGAAACAUGGGUGAACAAGUCAUGAUUGGUUAUUAACAUAGCUUUUCCAUUUUUUUUUUGGUGGGGGGGGGGGCGGGUGUUGAUGCAUGUUUUCUUGACCAAUCAAAGAGCGGAGAAUAUCAAAACCAAUGCAAUCGUGGACUUCUUUCUUGAUUCUUCUUCCAAUACUCUACCUUUUUUUCUGUCUUUGAGUUUUAUUUUCUGAUACUUUGUCCCAGUUUUAAUUACAAGUUCCAUUUGCACUUUAGGGAAAUUUAAGCUUUGGAUCGGGAUCAGUGUUGGCAGGAAUUGCUGCGUCUGACUUUAAGGUCAGUGUUACAAUAUGUUAACUGUACACGAAAGAAAAAUGUUUCGAAUAACGAAGUUGUGUGAAAGCGACUUUAUGGUUACCCACAUAACCGCGGGACCGAGAGGACUAGGUUCCAGACCUUGUUGCAUCAUUGUUAUGUGUUUAUGGAGAAGACGCAGUACAUCUCCCAGCGCCUCUCUCUUUACUCAGGGAUAUAAAUGAGUCAGUGCAAGCUGUCAAAGAAAGCUGAUGAUAUACCUCAAUUUUUUGCUCCCUCCUCUUACAGAGCCUUCCUCCAGGGACUGUUCUUCAUGAUGAUUUGUGUAUUCUGGGUUACAAGGUGUCUCUACCAGGUUUGAGAGGAGAAUCCCAGAGGGUUCUAGUGGUGUUUGGUAUUCAUGAUGAGCUUCAGGUGAGAAAUGUGUCAUCCCAGCGGAGUGUGUGGCCGUCUCCUUCCCCUCCACUGUUCCCGUGUAGUCUGUGCCACACUUAAAAGCUCUUUUUUAAAUGUGACUUAAUCAAUUAUGAUAUUUCAGAUACCUGCUUCAUCGCCUAACAGUUCAUAUUGCAACAAGCCUUGGAAAGUGUUGUUUGGAGGAACAGGAAUCAACCCUGAGGAAGUCUGGAUCGGUGUGGUACGAGAUCACUUUAAGCAUUGGCUAUUUCACAUGAAUAAGUGGACAUUUUUACUUCAUCUUUUCACCGUUUUGGUAUUCAGAUUCUAGAAUCAAACAUAUCGUAAACUCAUGGUCGAACAAAGUAGAAAAUUCUUAUAAAAUAUGGUUUUAUGGGAAGGAUAAAUUGAUGUACAGUAGCCUUCAAAUCAUUACUCAACUUUCGUCUGACAGCUUACGAGCUAAGGAGUGUUUCCCUCACUCGUCGGAAUAAAGGAAGCAAUGAAAACAAGUUUUCAGACGUAUAUCCCUUGCUCUGUCUGUGAGUAUCUUCCCCGUAAUUCCAUGAAUAGUCAUUAGAUAAGGGCUAGAAUUCCGAAAUAGAAAUACAUGUAUCUUUUCGAAAGGCACUUCGUAAACUUAUACAAAAGUGAAUAUGCUCCUCUUAAUUCUUCAGCCAGAAGAGCAGAGAAGUCUCUACAAUGCCAAGCUGUUUCCAGUCGUUCGCCCGUUUGACGUUCUGCUGGAAGAUGCUGGUAAAGAUGACAUGCUUUGGCUGGCGAGCACUGGAGUUUCAGACAUUCCUGAUCGACAAGUACUGAACAGGUGGGUUGUUGACUCGCGGUGCAUCCUUAGAUUUAUAAGGAAGGUAACAUCUAGAGGUGAGAGGUUUUGAAAAAUGAAAGAGAUGGUUACCAGAUGCCUUUUUGGGGGGAGGGGGGUGCAUCACAAGUAAGGCUUAAGAGGCCUAAAAGAGUUAGACCUUAUAUCACAUCUACUUUAGUCAGAGGCUUCAAUAACAGCCGGUUACCGGUGGUUUAUCACUACUUUCCGCACUCUGUUUAGCCUGCGAGCAUACUCUACAGCCGCCUAUGGAAAAAGGUUAUUGACACCCCUGUUUAGGUGCGAAUCUAACUGCAAUUAUCUUUUGGUAGGAAGAUUUUAAGUUAUGUGGGAUCGGCUGGCGAUAAGAGAGGUUUCUCCUCACUGAUUUCUGAUAUGAGGAAUAGCUUCAGAUAUAUCUCAAUUUCCUUGAAUAUGAUGCAUUCUUGUGAAAGGUUACAGAACUAAAAAACACUUUCUCUUCUCAAAACUGGUCUUGGUAUUUGUUUGUAUAUCAGGUGGCGUUCGUCGCUGCGGUUAUCGUUAAAGGACAUUUUAAAUGCCGUCGAUAUGAGUGCAGAGUUUGCUUGGAGAAAAAAACUCUGGUUUGAAAUUGGAAAAACUGAGGUGGAGGAAACGUUGAAGAAUUGUGAGAGUAACUGUCUGGUGCCAUUCUUCAAAAGUUGUGGGAAAGAAGGAUUUGCAAUGCAGAUAUUGGAAGUUCUGGAUGAAGGUACACAUAACUUAAUCUUCAGCUUAUGGCCAAGUGCAGCUUGAAGUGUCCAAAGAUGCAUGUGAUCCUUCCUCCAGUUUAUAAAAGUAAUGUUCUAUACUGACAGUGAUGAAACAUUGUGAUAUGUGUUCUGAAAACUUUUUCUAAUUUUAAAACUGUUCACAAACUCCCAGCUUGGAGCGAUCUGUUGUUGCUGUUUUUUGGUGAAUGAAAAUAGAAAACUCCAAGAUGACUGAUCAAACUUCUGCGUUUUCGAAACUUGUGUAGUCCUCCAACUGACUCUGUUAACAUAAUUUUUCUGGAAAAGGAUUUCAAAGUAAAGAUACUUCCUGUUAACUCGUUCGUGUCGCCUGGUUUUCCCACAGAACGAUUACUGACUUCAGUUAUUUUAUUGUUUCUAUUCCCCAGUUGCGUCCAGCGCCUCUUCCCCUGGCGUGGCUGCACGAACUCUGGCCUGUAUUGCUGACGUCUUGGGUGCAAUGGCAGGAGAGAGGGCUGGGCUGAGAAGUGGACCGGCCCGCAAUGAAUCCUGGAUGCACGCUUUUGAACUCCUUGAUGUAUGUGUAAUGAAUAAUAUCCUCUGCCAGGCCAACGCUGUGUUGAAACUGUACCGUAAAUUAAGCAAUGAAGGCUUAACUAUAUACCCUGAAGAUCGUCAUGUGACUAAAUUAACUUACGCUGUGUAUUUUUGUCAUUUUUACUGAGUCAGCGCCAACGAAAAGGUUUGAUAUUUUUUGGCGAUGUUUCAGCAUUAUCGGAAACGUAUCUCUUUUUUUCACGUACAGAAAGGAGAAAUCUCAUUAGGAAUAAAAGCUCUUGCCCGAGAACGAUCAAAAUGGCUUGACAGGUAAAUUUACAACCUAAUAAUAUGAAGGAUAUAUCCUGUAUUGUAAAGUGGAGAUGUUUAUGCAAGAUGGCAAAUUUGAGUUGGUUCGUCAAAUGAGAUAAGAAACAAACAAGUUAAAAAACAGACCUUAAAACAAAAACCAGACAAAGAACAAAAACAAGACAAAGAACAAAAACUUAAAUAACAGCAAAUCUCCUACCUAGUUUUAAUGAGCACUCCAACCCUCGAUUUUCCCACUUUGUGUUCGAUGCUCUACCGAUGAGCUACAGAGAACUCAUUGGCGAGUUAGGCUGUUAUAAGGCCCCUAUGUCAUAGGCAUCUUGCAUGCCGCUUUGAUUAGCAAUUUCGAAAGCGUUGAUUUUGCAAAUUAUCUGUCCUGACCACUUUAUUUUGAUCAGACCUCAUUUGCUGAUACGAGCGGCGCGGCAUUACGAGGGAGCCGAGCAAGUGUUGAGAAGAAGAGCAGUUCUCACGGCCAGACAGGUGUGUUACUCAACCCCUUAUUAAUAGAAGAAAGUAGGUUAAAAUGCCCCGAAACUCAAGUAUAAUUUAUGUUCGAAAUCUAACUUUUUUCCUUUUUUCCUUUUUGUGUCAGUUUUUCCAGACAGAAUGCUGCGAACCUGUUCCUAAGGGACACUGGGUUAUUGCAGAGGCACCAGGUAUGCGAAGCUUUCAUUUAGGUAUUCCCGACGUCAGCUGUUUGUCAUACUUUCUCCUGGAUGCCUUUUUUCGUCCCUCUUUGGUCUCCACUUCGUGCCCGUAACCAUCUGUUGACUACGUUUAAAAUCUCAAGGAAAGACGUGCUUUCCCAAACGAAAUUCUAAUCACUAAUCACGGGAUACUGAUUUUAAGCCAUAUGUUCAUUUUGCCAUGCAUCAUGAGAUAAAGUGUGAAGGGUCUGAACCGGGUAGUAUUUGCAGUAAUCAUGGUGUUAAAAUGCAGGGGCGGAUCUUGAAAAGAACCAUGGCUCUAGGCAGUAACCGUCAGUGCCAUUUUGAAAACCUACGCAUAGGUUGCUCUCAAAUUGAAACCUAUUGUUCUCAAAGGCCUUUGUAUUUUAACUAUUUUGGGCGAUGGCCGCUUAGAAAAACGGUGUUCUUUUUAAUGUAACGUCGACUCAGACCUGUUCUUUUAUUGGUUGAUAGUCUGUGAGCAGGCGCUUGGGCACGAGCGUGUCUUCGCACACGGAAAAGUAUGAGGCCUUGAACAACGUAAGUCGAAGAGAGGUCUGUAAGGGGUCUGGCACUGCUAAUGUUAUCAUGCCAGAUUUCGAAAACCUCUCCCCGUUUCGUCUCAAAUCUUCCCGCCAGCGGAGAAACGCGCAUUCUGCAGCGCUUGUAAUGAGGGCCUUCUCGCAUGCUAAUUGGUUGAAAAAUGAUCGGCAGCCCGAAGUGGCAGUUCUUUACUGACAGCGAGACAUUUCUUUAAUAGCGCGAAUAGACCUCUCAGGAGGAUGGAGUGAUACGCCUCCAAUUACCUACGAACAGGGAGGAGCGGUGCUGAAUGUUGCAGUUAAACUAAAUGGACAGGUUGGGUUUUCUUUUACCGCUGUAUAGUUUUUAAUAUAGUAUUUUAAGUCCCUCGUCAUUCGAUUGGUUAAGUUAAGGGGCUCAAUGGGAAUGUAAAUGUUGGUAGCUAAUAAUUUGGAAACAAUCCCGCGUGUUGACAGGGAAUUGUAACUACUCCUUCGCAGGAACCCUCCCCCAUCCCCUCUUCCCUUUCCCUAGUGUAUCUUUCGGUUUUCUUAGAAGUUCGUUGGUGCCCAGGUAUUCUCCCAGGUGGAGAGAUGGGUUCUUAGAGAGAAGUCUGUUAUAUAAGAACAAAGCACAAUGAACCGGACGAGACUCGAACCAACCCAACGCGUUUAAAUAUGAAGCUUCUGCGGUUUUCCUUUAGUUUAAUGGGUAAUUUUUUUUUUUUCAGAAAGUCACAAAGGCUAAAGUGCGGAAGAUAAGCAAGUGAGUCAGUAAAACAAUCCAAAUGGAUUUAUCUUUGGGUCUCCGAAGCAAAUUUGCUUGUUGUUAAUCCUGUCUUCUGUCUGUAUACUGUACAAUUUCAGUAUAGUAUAGUACAGUAUAGAUAGUGGAGGCAAUGUCAUAACUUUUUAGCUGUCAAUUUGUCCCCUUCCCUGUGCAUACUUUUCCUUCGCAUCCAAGCCUGAAUUUUUGACAAUGUAAAUGCUUUUGCUUGUUUGAAGGGAAUUGUUUUGGAUCCAUUCUUUUUGUCAAGAUGUGAAAAUGCAGAGUUUAAUUUGACAAUUACAACUAAAUAAAUUGUUUCGAUCAGCGCGAUUCAAUUUAUUUAUUUCAAUCUUUAGGCUUGAAAUUGUUCUGGUGAUCCAUUCAGGAGAACACAGUGUUCGAGUCGUUUGCAGUGAAUUAAUGCAUUUAGAAAACUACACCCAGCCAAAUGCCCCAGGUAUGAUGUCAUCUGCUUAGUAAAAGGUGAUAAAAAAAUCGUGCUAGGGUAUGCACGUAAUAUUUCAGGAGUAUAAAUCUUAAGACCAUCAUCAAAAGAAAAAUAAAGUUAGGACAACUGCUGGAACAAGUUCCAAUCUCGAUGUUUAAAAAUGUAAGUGUAAAGUAUUAGAUGUCAUUUCAGGGCUACUGAGAAAAAUUUCCUUAUGCCUUUUUUUUUUUAAAUAAUAUCACAUGAGUUGAUUCUCUUAAAUACACUGGGUGAGGCCAUGAUUACCCAGUCUCCUGAACUAGAGGCUCCCGAUACACGUGAUUGAAUUGUGGCACGUUGUCUUUGAGGUCGACUAGUAAACGCUGGAUUUUCAGAUAUCCAAACUGAAAUAAGAGGCGAACGAAAUGACCGUUGGUUUUCGUUUUUUGGAAAUGGACCGUCUAACUGCACAAAGUUCGGCUUCUUAGACCCACCGGUAUUUCACCCCUAAACGAGUUGGACCUUGAGUAAUGUACUUAUUUAGUACGAACAGAAAUUUUUUUUUUUCAAGCUUUGUCAAUUAUUUAGUUUUUGAUCUUUUUAUCUAUAGCUUUCUAACAAUAUGAAUUUGUUUGUUUCCUUUCUUUGUUUUUUUGUCCUUAGGCGCCCUCUUGAAAGCUUGCUUUUGUUUACUCGAUAUCGUAACUCUUCCCUCGAGCGAAAAAUUAUCCGAACAGUUGAACAGAAAAUAUCAAGCCGGCUUUGAGCUUCACACCUGGUCGACCGCUCCUCAAGGAAGUGGCCUGGGCACAAGUAGUAUUUUGGCGGGAGUUAUCCUGGCUGCGCUUUUACGCGUAACUGACCGCACAGCCAGCAUGGAUUCACUGAUUCACGCCGUGAUGAUCGUGGAACAGAUGUUAACUACGGGCGGCGGCUGGCAAGACAAUGUAGGGGGACUAAUACCAGGUUUCAAAAUCGCUCGAUCUCAGGCUUCCCUACCUUUAAAGGUAGAAACGGAAAAAGUGGAGCUUAGUGGGAAGACUGUCGAUGAAAUCGCAAAAAGAUUGGUUUGUUUUUACUCAGGGAGGACACGGCUCGCCAAGAACUUGUUACAGGUAAGGAAGAGGUAACGGCCAAUCAGAGGAAAGGCAACUAUCAUGAGGAGCUGAUGAGAAUUCACAGUUAAAAAAAAAGCAAACUGAAGCGCGGGAAAACGCAAAUGGCCGGUCGCGACUGGUUGUAGUUUUGAAUUUGAUUGGUUGGGAGGAGUGCACAUUUUCUAUGCCAAUCAGAGAGCAAAUUGGAGCACUCUAAUAUUUAAGAUCUCUCAAUUUUUUUCUUUUUUUCAACUAACAUUUUUCCCUUGACAGAAUGUCGUCAGGAACUGGUACGCAAGAUUUUCACAGAUUACAAACAACGCCAGAAACUUGAUAAACAACGCGGAGGAGGCUGCAAAAGCGUUGAGGGAAGGUAGGUUUCUUUCAUCCCCCUUGCUUCUGAAGUAAUUUUGCUACAGGCCAGACUACGCCAUCUCCCAAAGUCAAGAAUAACUGUGAUAACUAGUUGUAGAUCCCUUGCUAUGGCCUUAUUAUGCUCUUUAAAUUUCCUCGAAGGGAACAUCGAGAAGUUUGGCGCCUGCUGGACAUGUUAUCGACACCAAAAAGCACUUAUGGCACCUGGUGAGUCCGAGUAAUGGCUGGAUAGUUUUGAAAAAGUUUUUCUACAAACCUCUCCGGCUAUGUGUUUGUAUUUGUCCUGCUCAGCUGCAUGGUUGUGACGUUAUUUAGAAGUUACAUUUACAGUGUGGGCCUGUGAAGAUGCAAUAUUUCUUACCUCUUAUAGCUUUUUCAUGUCUCUAAAUAAUCAUGUUGCAGAGAAAAUUAUAGAUCAGUGUUAAAUCGUUGCGUGGCUAAACAUUCAAACUUGUCGGAAUACCUGUACUCAUCCAGUCUUUGUUUUAAUGGCUUAGUUGUAUUGAUUACUGCGCAGGUUCUGAACCAAAGGCAAUCAAGGACUUACUAGAAGCAGUUGAACCCUUGAGCUAUGGUAUGUUGAAAUUUCAGUGUGAUUUUUAAUCUUCAUUAUCAUAAAAAUUACAAUAAUCUCGAUUGUGAUUGGUUUUAAAAAACUCUUAUUUUCCACUAAUUCACUCGCCAAUUUGUUAUCGGACAGUUUGUUAUCGGAUAGUUCAAUAAGCAAAUCACAUUCAGGGUUGUAGUUUAUAUCGACCAAUCACAAACUUUGUCAGUCUUUUAAUGCAAAUUUUCCCUUUUCUUUCAUAACUUGGCUAUUCUUCUUUUCUCGGAAAUUGUAAUUCUAUGAUUAAUUGGUAAUAAGACUUCGUUUCGUCCAAUUCGGUUUGCAAUCAUACUCGUGAUAAACAAAUCGGAGUCCCGCCGUGUGGUUGUCCGAUCUUGUUAUCACUCGUAUGAUUACAGACCGAAUUGUUCAGUUAUUUGCCUAAACUGUUGUUCUUCCCUUUCAGGGCAAGCAAUGUCCGGAGCAGGAGGGGGUGGAUUUAUUUUUGUUCUCACCAAGGAACCGAACAUGGUGGAUAAAGUCAAAGCUGUCAUCAAGAAAAUGAAGGUUGGAUCUUGUUUCUGUGCCUCUAUCGCACAAGUUGAAUUUACUAAUAUCCUUUUCCAAUUUCCGAUUGGACUCUAGACGGGAGAAAGCGUAUUGUAAAGGAGAUCAAAACUAUUGUCAUCUCUUGCAUUUUUCAAGUUUCUGUCACAUAAGUCUGGUUACAUUUUUUCCUUUUAAUUUGGGUCGUUAGUUUAAUGAUUAUUUUGUGGUAAACGUCUUUCAGCCUUCCGACGAGACUGUCGCUUUCUAUGACGUGAGCGUAGACUGGGAAGGACUGACCUUGAGAGUAGAAGAACCCUCACAGUGAACCAUGGGAAGACGACUUUCGGAGCACCAAAGGAACGGUGGGAAGAGAAAUCCAUCAGAUUUGGAUUAAAUGAGCAUUGAAUACAGCUCUAUAGAUUAUGAAAGAUUGCGAUCUAUCAGCCAGCACAGGACAUGUAGGAAAGAUAUACUUGUGUCGUCUUAAGGGGGUUGGCAUAGCCUUGUGCAGUGUUAUGGUUUAGACAACUUUUCCUGCUCUCAUUAAUGGUUGACGAGGACUGAUCUCUGGAACGAAGUCCGGAAUUAGGUCCGAAUGUGGGCUGUGGAUCGUGGACUGUUGAUUUUGAACUGAGGACUUGUGCGAGAUAGUAGUUUUUGAGCUAUUUGUUAGGAAAAAAUAUAUCUUAAAAGGUUCAAACUAAACGUUUUUGACAUCAUCAGGGCAGGGGCUCCUGAUCAGGGUAAAUUCUUGUAACAGCGCUGACAGGAAAA